CAGGGGAGAACAGGCUGUUGUUUUUUCCUUUCCCUUUGUUCAUUGUGGUUUCUUUGUUUCUGGCUUUUAUGAUGUGGUUGAUUAAAGAGAUGAGCACCUGGAACCUUAGGCAGUAGAAGCUUCCUCCGUACAUGAUUCUUGCCCUUUAUUCCCCCACUCUCACCAACAGCUGAAGGGGUGUGAUGGAGCACAUAUCCCAAAGAAGACAGAAAGAAGGCUAAAGACUACCCUCUGAGAAGAACCAAACGCAAGAAAUUCUACUACCAGGCUAUCUUUGCCCUCGCCCUUAAGGUAAACAGAAAGAUGGCCAAGGAGAGGGGCCUAAUAAGCCCCGAAGACUUUGCCCAACUGCAAAAAUACAUGGAAUACUCCACCAAAAAGGUCAGCGAUGUCCUCAAGCUCUUCGAGGAUGGUGAGAUGGCCAAGUAUCUCCAAGGAGAUGCCAUUGGGUACGAGGGAUUCCAGCAAUUCCUGAAAAUCUAUCUGGAAGUGGAACAAGUACCCAUUCACCUGAGCCAGGCACUGUUUCAAUCCUUCCGCACUGGUCACUGUUUAAACGAGGCUAUGAUCAAAGCAGAUGUAGUGUGUCUCAGUGAUGUCUCCUGCUACUUCUCCCUUCUGGAGGGUGGUCGGCCAGAAGAUAAGCUAGAAUUUACCUUCAAGCUGUAUGACACGGACAGAAAUGGGAUCCUGGACAGCUCAGAAGUAGAAAAAAUUAUCCUCCAAAUGAUGCGAAUGGCAGAAUAUCUGGAUUGGGAUGUAUCUGAGCUGAGGCCGAUUCUUCAGGAGAUGAUGAAGGAGAUUGACUAUGAUGGUAGUGGCUCUGUCUCCCUAGCUGAGUGGGUCCGAGCAGGAGCUACCACGGUGCCACUGCUAGUGCUGCUGGGGAUGGAGAUGACUCUGAAGGAUGAUGGGCAGCAUAUGUGGAGACCCAAGCGGUUCCCCAGACCGGUCUACUGCAACCUGUGCGAGUCUAGCAUUGGUCUUGGCAAACAGGGGCUCAGCUGUAACCGUGAGUACUCCACCAAAAAGGUCAGCGAUGUCCUCAAGCUCUUCGAGGAUGGUGAGAUGGCCAAGUAUCUCCAAGGAGAUUUCUUCAGUCCCCAGCUUCUCCCAGCUGACUUCCCAGAUAUGAAUUCUUUGGGUUUCUUUCACCAACUGACCCUGGUUCCUCUAAAAUAUCCCACAGUUACCUUCAAGCUGUAUGACACGGACAGAAAUGGGAUCCUGGACAGCUCAGCAUCUGGACAGGACCGCAAACAUAGCAAAACAAGCCAGAAGACCUUGGAAGACCUAAACUUGUGCACCUCUGAGGCUCUGCGGAUUGACCCUGUUUCUAAUACCCACCCACUUCUAGUCUUUGUCAAUCCUAAGAGUGGUGGAAAGCAAGGGCAGAGGGUUCUUUGGAAGUUCCAGUAUAUCCUAAACCCUCGGCAGGUGUUCAACCUCCUGAAGGAUGGUCCUGAGCCAGGACUCAGAUUCUUCAGAGAUGUCCCUGAUUGCCGGAUAUUGGUGUGCGGUGGAGAUGGCACAGUCGGCUGGAUUCUAGAGUGCAUUGACAAAGCCAACCUGCCUGUGGUGCCUCCUGUUGCUGUGUUGCCUCUGGGCACUGGAAAUGAUCUGGCUCGGUGCCUCAGGUGGGGGGGAGGGUAUGAGGGACAGAAUUUGGCCAAGAUUCUCAAAGAUAUAGAGAUGAGUAAGGUGGUACAUAUAGAUCGAUGGUCUGUGGAAGUGAUACCUCAACAAACUGAAGAAAAGUGUGAUCCAGUCCCCUUUCACAUCAUCAAUAACUAUUUCUCCAUUGGUGUGGAUGCCUCUAUUGCUCACCAGUUCCACAUCAUGCGAGAGAAAUAUCCUGAGAAGUUCAACAGCAGAAUGAAGAACAAGCUAUGGUACUUUGAAUUUGCUACAUCUGAAUCCAUCUUCUCAACGUGCAAAAGGCUGGAGGACUCUUUGACAGUUGAGAUCUGUGGAAAACCUCUGGAUCUGACCAACCUAUCACUAGAAGGCAUCGCAGUACUGAACAUCCCUAGUAUGCAUGGUGGCUCCAACCUCUGGGGUGACACCAAGAGACCACAGGGGGAUAUCUGUGGGAUCAACCAGGCCUUAGGCACUACAGCUAAAGUCAUCACCGACCCUGACAUCCUGAAAACCUGUGUGCCAGACCUAAGUGACAAGCGACUGGAAGUAGUAGGACUGGAAGGUGCGAUUGAGAUGGGCCAGAUCUAUACCAAGCUCAAGAGUGCUGGACGUCGACUGGCCAAGUGCUCUGAGAUUACUUUCCAUACCACAAAAACCCUUCCCAUGCAAAUUGAUGGAGAACCUUGGAUGCAGACACCCUGUACAAUCAAGAUCACCCACAAGAAUCAGAUGCCCAUGCUCAUGGGCCCACCUCCUCGUUCCCACAAUUUCUUUGGCUUCUUGGGCUGAGAGUGACACCUUCAGCCUUGAACCCUCAACCCAUCCCGGAUGCCACCUUCUAGACUCUGUACAUUGCUGCCACACCUUCCUGCCAGCUCAGGGAGGUGUUCCUUCACCCUCACAGUAUUUAUUAUCCUAGACCACCUCACUGCUCACAUACACACACACACACACACACACACACACACACGAAUGCACUUACAUACCCCACAAACACAUAUGUUAAAAGUGCCUCAUCUAAAUAAAAUGACUU